AUGCCCAAGGAUAUCGUCGCUUCUGCACAAUGCGAUUCGGCUCUGUUGCCAGAACGAACGAAAGAUAUUAUCCAGCAAUUGGUUUCAUUGCGCUAUGAAUGUGCUAGUUGCCUGAAUAAUAUUCGCCAUGACGUAGCCGUGUGGUCAUGCGAUGACUGUUUUCGCAUUUUUCACUUGUAUUGCAUAAAAAAAUGGGCUAAACAAGGAGAGAGUGGUGAUGGAUUGUCUUUUCGUUGUCCACAUUGUCAGAAAACACACUCUUCUGCAUCGAAAUAUGUUUGCUUUUGUGGUAAAAUGCGUGAUCCGCCGUAUGAUCCACAUAUCACGCCACACAGCUGUGGUCAGACUUGUGGUAAAGCCAGACCUUUCUGUCCACAUCCGUGUCCGUUGCAGUGUCAUCCUGGACCUUGUCCGGAUUGUUCUGCUAUAGCUGGUCCUCAAACAUGCAGUUGUGGGGCAACAACAUAUACUUGGCGAUGUGGCAACCCAGAUCCGCAAAAAACUUGCCAGGGUAUUUGUUCUAAAGAACUCAAUUGUGGUAAACACAAAUGCAAACGAACUUGCCAUUUAGGUCCUUGUGAUCCUUGUUCUGAGAAGGUGCAAGUCAUAUGUUACUGUUCUUCAGAGACUAGAGAACUUCUUUGUCCUGAGUCAUCUUUCUCUUGCGGAAAGGUUUGUGGAAAAAAAUUACGUUGUGGUGUUCAUUUCUGUGAUUUAGAAUGUCAUUCUGGUUCUUGUCCACCGUGCAGUAGAGAUCCAUCGGUGGUUUCUACAUGUCCUUGUGGUACGAUUCCUUUAACAAUAGAACGUCUAAAGUGUGAUGAUCCAAUCCCCACUUGCACCAAUGUAUGUGGUCGUCUCUUGGAUUGUGGACGUCAUGCCUGUGAAAAAUUGUGUCACGAUGGAGAUUGUGAACCUUGCAAACAUCGUUCACUUACUAGAUGCUUGUGCGGAAUGACACAAGUCUCUCUUCCUUGUAAGGAUCAGGAUGGGUUUCGUUGUGAAAAAGUUUGCAAAACAAAGUUAUCUUGUGGGAAGCAUGAAUGCCGUGAAACGUGUUGUUCUGCUCGAAAAAAACCAAAUGAUGUUAAACACAACUGUAAUCGUGUGUGUAAUAGGAAACUAGCAUGUGGUCAUGAAUGUCUUGAACCAUGUCACCGUGGUUUAUGCCCUCCUUGUGCCCAUGUGGUACCAGAGAUCCUUAAAUGUCGAUGUGGAGCAGAAAUGUUAAUGCCACCGCAACCGUGUGGAACUCCCCCACCAAAAUGUAAUCGUCCUUGCACCAUUGUUCCUCCUUGUAACCAUCCACCUUCUAAACAUUCUUGUCACUAUGGUGAUUGUCCUCCAUGCAUGUUUCCUGUUAAAAUGAUGUGCGCUGGUGGACACACUAUAGUGGGUAAUAUUCCUUGUAGUGCUGAGUUUGCUUCUUGUAAGAAGAAAUGUGGUAAGUUAUUGGCUUGCGGUCAUGAAUGUAUGCGAAUGUGUCAUCCUGGUCUUUGUAUUGAUGAAUCUCAUGUUUGUGUUCAAAUAUGCGGAAAGAUUCAUGAAGAAUGUGGUCAUGUUUGUAAAUCAAAAUGUCACUUUUCACAGGAAUGCCCGCAAUGUCAGGAGGUUGUGGAACGUCGUUGUGAAUGUGGUAGAAAAAUUGAACAUGUUCCAUGCAAAAAGUUUUUAAAGUUUCUAAAUGAACACCCUGAGGAUAAUUUGGAUUUGAAGUGUAAUGCAGAUUGUCUUUUUGAGCAACGUCUUCAAAUAUUAGCCAGUCGAAUAAAGACACCACUUCCUUCUUCAGUAAGGUAUUCUAUCCCCUUGUGGUCAUUUGCACUACAAAAUUCAGAAUGGAUUCGAACAAUAGAAGAGCAGUUAUCCAGUUUCAUAACGAGUGAUUCUUCUAUGAAAUGUAUGAAACCGAUGCCUUCGGAAAAACGUGCUAUUGUUCACUCACUUUGUCACUUCUAUCACUUGCGCUCAGAAGCUGUAGAUUCUGAACCCAAUCGAUCUUGUAUUCUUACAAAAACACCGAUGACUCGUAUUCCUGUUCCUUUGCUAAGUGAGGCAAUUACUGAACCUGAUAGAUAUAACCCAAUUAUAUUUAUAAAGGAAAUCAGCGAACGUGAUGAUAUGCUUUGUAAGCGUGUUAUUGUCAUGAAAGGCCAACAUGUAAACAUUGUAUCGGUAUCUCGAUCUUUACAAGACUAUGCAGGUGACUUUGUCUGUGAAACGGAAGAUAUUCUCUCAAAUGGUGUAAAACAGAUAAGGACAUUUUUCAUUAAUGAAGCCAAACGUCAGCAAGCUUAUCGCCAUCUUCGUGCUAUCAGCCCUCCAUUUGAUUUUUUUAUUCCGACUGUUUCCAAUGAUCGAGGAUUUAAAGAGACGAAACCUCCAUCAUUGAAAUCAUGGGUCAAGACAGUUUCAUCUAAGUGA